AUUCCGUGAGGGUGUUGGGGCGCCCCGAGCCCUUGGGCAGCCUUGCUGGCUGGCAGGCAGGGAGGCAGGGAAGGGGUUCUACAGGCAAGAUGCGGGAACCGGCCUUUGGGCGCGUGUGGGGGCCGCAGCUCGGGCGGGGCGCGGCUGGGGUGCAAACGCUCCUCUACUCGGGAGCUGCCGGCGCCCACCAGGACCUACCUUCGAGCAGUUAUAAAGGCGUCCUUUGUCUGGUUGUGGCAUCGUACAUUACGGAUUGUGAUGGGCACUGUUAAGAAAAAUGAGAAUUGCUGCAGAUUAUGAAACAUCGACUGGUUUCGUCCCCGAAAAAAGAGGGAGUCAUACCACGAUGCAUAUUUGAAGCAAUGAUGUCUUGUGUGGAGAUUCUCCACCAGCUAGCUUGGUCGUAGCAGUUGUGACUGUUUGCAUUUUAAGUUGCUUAGGAUUCAGUGUCACGCUUCACGCCUGGCUAUCUGUGGUCAGAAGUAAAAUACUAGAUCAUUGGGAACCCUGGACUUUUUAUCCAGUGAAGGAAAAACGGACAUUUGGUUUACUUGGACUAGUAAAUUUGUCAGGGAUUAUGAGACAGUAUACUAAGUGCUUUAUUUUUUUACACUUCAUUUUGGCAUCUGUGUUUGCUGAAAAUAUUUCUGCCAGUCACAACAGUGAUGAGAGUAUGGGGAAGCAUCUGAAUUUAUAAGGAAACUGAGAAUAAAAUUUGUGGGAAAGAAAAAUUUUUGUGAAUUGAAAGUAUCAGGUAAAAUCAGUUUUAAAAAAAUGCAUCGAUUACCUUGAUAUUCAACUGGAUCAGCUGUGUGGAAGGUCAGGAAACCUUAAGGUGAAACUGGACCCUGCUUUUAUUUCCUCUGGGAAAAUAAAGGAGUCCUGCAAUACAGAACUACAAUUGCAAUGAAAAGAGACAAGAUAGAAAGAGGGUUAAAAUGAGUGACAGUUGAAUGGCUUCUCUUGUGGCCCCCUAUUUUACUUACCUGUCAUGUUUGUUAUGGGUGAAAUUGGAAUCUUAGAAUUUUAACUACCUUUUAUUGUAUUGCCAGUUUAUUCUGAACAUUUUUUUGCUUUUGGAUUCAUCUGUGAUGGUUCCUGCUGUCUGCCUUUGCAUGAACCCUUAAACAUGUUGUCUGUUACUCUUAUCUCCAGAGAAAGAUUUAAAAAAACUCAUUCUCCCUGAAGAGGUGCCACAAAAGUAAAAUAAAUACCCUAGAAUAGCCAAUUUGCAGGAUCUUGAGAAUAAUUCAUAAACUUUGGCUGGAGUGAGCAUUGUUCUAUGGUAUGCAUGAGAGACAUAAAAAGAAGUUAACUAGGGGUGUAUGUUAGGAAGACUUACUUGUCCACCAAGGAAAAACAAACCACUGUUGGUUUUACAGGGGAAGGAAAGGGUUUGUAUAGUUUACAAUGUCAGUUGUUGCAAGUGAUGUUGGACUCCUUUCUUGUGCUUUCAGCUACAAAAGACCCUACAGCUGUAGAGAGAGCAAACUUGUUAAACAUGGCUAAACUCAGUAUUAAAGGACUCAUUGAAUCUGCUCUAAGCUUUGGCCGCACUUUGGAUUCUGAUUAUCCCCCCUUGCAGCAGUUCUUCGUUGUUAUGGAGCAUUGUCUGAAACAUGGUCUUAAAGUAAGAAAAUCAUUUUUGAGUUAUAACAAAACUAUAUGGGGCCCUUUGGAACUGGUGGAGAAGCUGUACCCAGAAGCAGAGGAAAUAGGAGCUAGUGUCCGGGAUUUACCUGGUCUUAAGACCCCCCUGGGUCGUGCAAGAGCGUGGCUUCGAUUAGCCCUCAUGCAAAAAAAAAUGGCUGACUACCUGCGUUGCUUAAUUAUUCAAAGGGAUCUCUUGAGUGAAUUCUAUGAGUAUCAUGCACUAAUGAUGGAAGAAGAAGGAGCAGUAAUUGUUGGGCUGCUGGUUGGCCUGAAUGUGAUAGACGCUAAUCUGUGUGUAAAGGGAGAGGAUUUAGACUCACAAGUUGGAGUGAUUGAUUUUUCCAUGUAUUUAAAGAACGAAGAAGAUAUUGGAAAUAAAGAAAGGAAUGUUCAAAUUGCUGCCAUAUUAGACCAGAAGAAUUAUGUUGAAGAAUUAAAUAGACAACUGAACAGCACAGUCAGCAGUCUCCAUUCAAGAGUUGACUCUUUAGAAAAGUCAAAUACUAAGCUGAUUGAAGAGUUAGCAAUAGCAAAGAAUAAUAUCAUUAAACUCCAAGAAGAAAAUCAUCAAUUACGAAGUGAAAAUAAAUUGAUUUUAAUGAAAACACAGCAGCACCUAGAAGUUACCAAAGUAGAUGUGGAAACUGAGCUUCAAACAUAUAAGCAUUCUAGGCAGGGGCUAGAUGAAAUGUACAAUGAAGCCAGAAGGCAGCUUCGAGAUGAAUCUCAGUUAAGACAAGAUGUGGAGAAUGAGCUCGCGGUACAAGUUAGUAUGAAACAUGAGAUUGAACUUGCCAUGAAGUUGUUGGAGAAAGAUAUCCAUGAGAAACAAGAUACUCUGAUAGGCCUUCGACAACAACUAGAGGAAGUUAAAGCAAUUAACAUAGAGAUGUAUCAAAAGUUGCAGGGUUCUGAAGCUGAUUUGAAAGAAAAAAAUGAAAUAAUUGCCCGACUAGAAGAAAAAACCAAUAAAAUUACUGCAGCCAUGAGGCAGCUGGAACAAAGAUUGCAGCAAGCAGAGAAGGCGCAAAUGGACACUGAAGAUGAGGACAAGAAAUAUCUACAAGAAUGCCAGAGUAAAUUCGACGGUCUGCAGAAACAAAUCUCCCAAAAGGAGAAACAGCUGGUGCAACUGGAAACCGAUCUGAAGAUUGAGAAGGAAUGGAGGCAAACUUUGCAAGAAGAUCUUCAAAAGGAGAAAGACACCUUAUCUCAUCUUAGAAAUGAGACCCAACAAAUCCUUAGUCUUAAAAAAGAGUUCCUUCACCUCCAGGAUGAAAAUCACCAGUUGAAGAAAAUAUAUCACGAACAGGAGCAAGCUCUUCAAGAACUUGGCAACAAACUUAGCGAAUCAAAACUUAAAAUAGAAGAUAUAAAAGAAGCCAACAAAGCAUUGCAGGGACUGGUUUGGUUGAAAGACAAAGAAGCAACACAUUGUAAACUUUGUGAAAAGGAAUUCUCACUCUCUAAGAGAAAGCACCACUGUAGAAACUGUGGGGAAAUUUUCUGUAAUGCUUGCUCUGACAACGAACUGCCUUUGCCUUCUUCACCAAAGCCAGUACGGGUUUGUGAUUCCUGUCACGCAUUACUGAUUCAAAGAUGCUCAUCUAACUUGCCAUAAUAUUCCAGAACUAAAUUCUUAUGUAUGAAAAGUACCUACGAUGAAUGUUAUGUAUGAACGUGUAUACAGCAUAUUAAGACAGUCCCUCUUAAGCAGCUUUCAGACAGCAUUGGUACCAGUUUUACUGUACCCAUAUUCAACUCACGGGAAUUAUAAAUUGUAUAAUUUGACAUUUCCUCCCCCACUGUAAUUCAGAAAGAAUUUGAUAGGGCAUGCUUUACAGUAACUUUAUCCUAAUUCCUGAUGUAGUAAUCAUGUUAACUCUUUUCUUAAUGCCAUUGAGAGGUCAGAUAGCAUAGCUAACACAUUUGCCUUAUUUUGUAAAGACCUUAAAAAUAGGGCUGAAUUCAGAUUGUUUGAUUCUCCAGAUUGUCAAACUGAUAUUUGAUGGUGCCUGUAAUUUUCUUAAUGCACUUUAAAGCUUCACAGUUCUGAAAAAUUGGAAAUGCACAUUUUAGAAGCAUUUAUAUUUCAACACAUUUUUCAUUACCUUGGUAAGAUUUCACAAUAUUUAUUUGCUCUGCCUUCCUCUGCCCAUUUUGCAUUAGAAAAGGCCUUCCUUCUCUAAAAAGUCAAUGUGACAUUUGCUGAUAACUUUCAGAUAACAGUGCGUUACAGAGGUAUUAUUUUGCCUGAAAACUUUUUAUUUUGAAAGUAAGUUAAAAUUCCAUAUGCAUUUCUUAGGGAGGACUCACACCCCCUUUGAAAGUCAAAACAUAAACCCUUCCCCAGAAAAAAAUGUAGUAGCAGGGAUUACAGGCUGAUUUGAUUCUCCCCUAAGCAUUUAAUAAGUCUAAAGUGCAAUAAAACUUUGCUUUUGAUGAGUCUUGAGUAAAAAAAUUCUGUAUUGUUUCCAUUCCAGUAACUUUUAGGAAGCAUUACACUGUAGCAGUCUACUACUACAGUAUAUGUACAGAAUAAAAUAUUUACCAUUUACUGAGCACCUCCCAAGCCAGGGCCUAGGGUAAAGAUGUAGUUUCAGCCCUGCCAUUAAAUUCAUAUUUGAACUACUUCAAGCAUGAACGUCAAUAAACACUAAUCCUUGCCAUAGCAAGAAUUUAAUCCAGUUACCCUUGUAUAAUUAACCAUUUGAACAGCCUCAGCAGUUGGGGUUCUACUUUCAAGCCUAAUUUAAAUCAUGCACUUUAAGUCUGAGAACCUUUUAAACAUGUCAUAGGUAUCCACAUUACUCCUAAGAGCACUAAUGAAUCAUGGCUACCUCCCUCCCCGCUAGGAUAUGGUUGCUUAUUCUAUAGAAUUGUUUCCUCAGAGUACAUUCUUCCAUUGAAGUUUAAAAUUAUUUAACUUUCUAAAUUGCCAAAGUAUGAAACCAUUGUUUUACUUUCGGAUUUAUCUUCUCCCUAAUCCAGUUUUCAGUGUUCAGUUAGAACUGACAUACUGAUUUAUAGGUGGUCCUUAAUGCUCUGAUAGGAAUAUUUGAGACAUGAAUUAUAUUCUUGGAACUAUUUUGUACUGAUGGGAUUGGAUUAACAUUUUUAUGAUUGCUGAAAAUGAGAAUAAGCAAAAAUGAAAAGUUUCAAAUACUGCUUUUUAUAACUGCUUAAAUUUAAAAUGUGAUUUUCUUAAAUUCCAAGGCUGGUUUCAUUCAACAAAUAAACCAUGAUUUUUAGUCCCCCUUUAAAUUCUUUGCCACUCAAAACUCAUGUCAUCACCAUUGAUUUGGGCUUUUUGUAGGCAGGCUUUUAUGACAGUAAUACAAGUUGCUCCAUUUUGUUUUGACUUUUAUCUAGAAACCAUUCUACUAAUUUUGGAUUUUAUGUUACAGAACUGUCAAUUUGUACUUUGUGAACUUCACAUACCAUUCCCUCAUCUAGGAGUACUACCACAGUAAUGCUAUCAUGGUGCCAAGGAAUUGUGGUUGUAAUUCUUCUAUCCACAGUUUUAAAAUGUGAAUUUUAUAUAACAAAUAAAAGAUUUGAAAAAUUA